GGGGAAUUGACAGUAUAAAGGAGAAAUCUGUCCUCCCCUCCCCUGGUGACCAUCAAGGGAGACCACCAACAGCUUCCCCACCCUGGAAAAGGCCUAGAUGAGGAAAAAGACACAGCAACUUGCCCAGGGUCACCUCCAAUAUGCAGAUUCCUGCCAUGAUACCUUUGCUACUUGUGUCCAUGGGCCUCAUGGACACACUUCAGGUCCACAGCCACCUCAUCACACAACGAGAUAUCUUCUCUCAAGAAACACCCCUAGACAUGGCCCCAGCCUCCUUUGAUGACCAGUACACUGGCUGUGCAGCAGCUAUGAUGGCUGCCCUUACAGAUCUCAACCACACGGAGUUUCAGACCAAUAAAGUGUAUGCAGACGGCUGGGCACAGGCAAACAGUCAAUGGCAGGAGCGGCAGGCCUGGGGGCCAGUGUGGGGCCUCAGCCCUACCCGCCUUCCCCCACCACCUCCAGGCUUCCGAGAUGAGCAUGGGGUGGCCCUCUUGGCCUAUACAGCCAACAGCCCCCUGCACAAGGAGUUCAAUGCAGCCGUGCGCGAGGCAGGCCGCUCUCGGGCUCACUACCUCCAUCACUUCUCCUUCAAGACACUCCACUUCCUGUUGACUGAGGCCUUGCAGCUGCUGGGCAGGGGUCAGCGUUCGCCCCAGUGCCGCCAGGUGUACCGAGGGGUGCAUGGCCUGCGCUUCCGGCCAGCAGGGCCUGGGGCUACGGUAAGACUAGGGGGCUUUGCCUCCGCAUCCCUGCAGAAUGUUGCAGCCCAGCAGUUUGGAGAGGACACCUUCUUUGGCAUCUGGACCUGCCUUGGGGCUCCUAUCAAGGGUUACUCCUUUUUCCCUGGAGAGGAGGAGGUGCUAAUUCCACCGUUUGAGACCUUCCAGGUGAUCAAUGCCAGCCGACCCGCCCAAGGCCCGGCCCGCAUCUACCUCCGGGCCCUGGGAAAGCGCAGCACAUACAAUUGCGAGUACAUCAAAGACAAGAAGUGCAAGUCUAGAUCCUGUCAACUGGAUAACUCAGCUACGGGUCAAGGCUCCCUCUUCACAGUCUGGUCCCUUCUGCUGCUGCUCCAGUUCCUUGUUGUGGGGUCCCUUCCAGAGAGUCCAGGCUUCCUCUGAUCCAUCAGACACUGAGCAGCCUUACCUGAAUUCUGCCAACCUAAGGAUGUUGGCCAUGUGUGUACUUUAAGUAUAGCCAAGAUGCCUGGUAAACCCAUUUGCAGGGCUCUGGGACCUUCUCUGACAGCUUCCAGACCUCUCAGACCUGGAGACACAAUAAAGAAUUUAGGGACUGAAUCUUCCACCAGGGUGCUAGGAAUGAUACUCUGACUAGAGGCAGGAGAAUUCCAGAACAGGCAAUCACUCACUUGGAGAUAGAAGAGAUUUCAAUUUAUUGGGGGCUGACUGGGUAGGAAAGCACUUGGCCAUAGGACUUGCUGGUGUAAUUCAAAUGUUUCACAUAUUUACCUGGAAAGCUCUAAUUCACUCCUCCAGGAAGCCUUUUCUGACCUCUGCCACCUGCCUGGGUUAUGGGCCCUGCCUCUGUGCUCACAAAGGUCCCUGAAUGCUUCCUAUAUCAGAUUGUGAGAUUCCUGAGGAUAGGGACUGAGUCUGAGGCACAGAGAUAAUGCCUGGAACUGUGUGGAAGUCAAAAAGGGACAAAUUCCUGUGAAAGGCUGGUCUCUGCACUGCCCCUACUUUGGACACUUUCAAGCUCCCCAAAUGUAAGUGUGUGGGAAUUGGAUGGACUGCAUCUAAGUCCAGAGCUCAGAGAGAAGAAGAAAUAGAGCUUUAGGCCCUCUCUGAGAGUCCCAGUCAAAUCCCAGUUUUCUUGUCAGCAAAGAUGUUAAUUUAUGCUGUGAUUCAUGAGUCCUGAGGUGCCUGUCUCUAGAGAAAAACAUGGAUCCCUGACUUCCCACCAUAGACCACCAGGGGAAGACAGGACAUCAAGGAGAUACUAGGCACACACUUUAUUAUAGGUUAAGGCUUUGGGAACAGAUGUCUGUUUCACUUCUUGCUCUGGAAAGCAGACAACGAAUUGUUUUCCCUGAGCCCUAGAUAGUGAUAGGCAAGACCGACCAUGUUUCCAAAGCAGCAGCUGCCUAUAAAGACAGGAAAUGCA